AGCGUCUGCCUUUUAGUGUUAUGUACCCUUUAAAAUGUAAGUUUACAAUUCUUCUUGGAGUUUUUUUUGAAGACUACCAUGUGUUAAAUGUCAUCUUUAUCUGGUCUGGGGCUUAGCUAUAUUUAUGGCCUGCCUGGCACAGCCCACACAACAGCGCAAUGGGGAACAGCGAGAGAACUCAUGGAGCACUGCUUGUGUAAAAUACUAAAAAGCCCGCUGUCAGCAUGGCAACAGACACACACACACACAUCCAGCCUGUUUCCAGUCACCCCUCCCCAGAUGGGUGAGGCCCUCCUCAACCAGUACUUUCCACACGGUUAGUUUUCAGAGAGAGAGAGAGAGGGAAAGAGAGAAACAGGGAGGGGAGCUAGCGAGAGUGAGAGAACGGGUGGGAGAGAGCAAAAUUGGGAGGUAACUUUUGUUGAGAGUUCACUCUGUUCCUCAGUCACGUAGAAAGUUGUUGUCACAGAUGUACAGACGAAUAGAAAUCAGGCGGACUGGAAGUGACUAAAGUCUGACUAAUGCACAGGGCUUACUAUUAAAAGCCAGGCAAACACCACGCUCUCAAUUCAGACGGGACGACUGGAUCACAGACCCUUUUCUUCCAUUCAACACAUCUGCUCCAGCCUGAUGGUCACAAUGGAUCUGCAAAUCUACUUUGUGCUAAUUUCUGCAAUUAGUGCUGUGACUGGAGCAUGCCCAUCGGAGUGUCAAUGCCAGGGGAGUACAGUCCUCUGUCAUGGUCGGACAAUCGCACAGUUUCCAUCAACCGUCCCUUCUGACACAAAUACCAUGUACCUCUCAAACACAAACAUCUCCUUACUGAAACCUGCAGAUUUUGAGGACUUUGCAGAGUCCCUCAAAACCUUUGCUGUGAAGAACACAGAUAUCCAUGAAAUCCUGAACAAUACUUUUGACCAGACCAUUAAUCUGAUGAACCUGGCAUUUCAGGGUACACAGCUAGUGUCCCUUCCUGAAGACCUUUUCCAUUCCUUACAUUUGAUGCAAACGUUGACUUUAAAUGACAACAACAUACAGUUGUUACCUCCCUCUCUGCUCACACCGCUUAAAGGACUACAGAAUCUAGAUCUGAGCAAAAACCAGUUGACUUCAGUGCCAGACAAUGCCUUCAGUGGACUUCGUCUGCUCAGUACUCUGCGGCUGAACAAAAACUACCUUAAGGAGCUCCCAGCAGGCACGUUUGAUGACCUUGAGAACCUUAAAGCCUUGGCACUGCAGGACAACCACGUCACUCAACUACCAGCGAACUUGUUCUCUAAUCUUCAGAAACUUCAAACCCUGUCUCUUUCCAGUAACAAGAUUUCUGAGCUACCUGAGGGUAUCUUUACAAGCCUACCAAACCUUACCAAAAUUACUCUACAUGACAACGAAUUGCAAAAGUUGUCUCGUGGCACUUUUGGACCUAUGCUCAUUGAAGACCUGUGGCUCUAUGAUAACAGAUUAAGCACCUUGGAAGACGAUGUGUUUAGCAAUCUGACUAACGUGAAACUUCUGGUGCUCAGCCGAAACCAAAUUGAGUCCAUCUCUGUUGGUGCUUUCAGUGGCCUAACCGAGUUGAGGGAAGUGUCUCUUCACACCAACCGCAUCACUAAUAUCAAGAAGGGCACAUUCAGUGGACUUCCUAAGCUAGCCAACAUUUCUUUGGAGCACAACAACAUUGAGUCGAUCUCUGGGGAUGUUCUCCAUGGCGUGUCUAAAUUGCACCAACUGGAUUUGCGAAAUAACUCUCUCCAAAAUCUAGAUCCAGACUUUUUGGAGUCUCUCCAGGUUGUGGAUGAAGUGCUUCUGACUUUGAACCCCUGGAAAUGUGACGAGGACAUUAUUCCUCUCAGGGACUGGUUGCAACGGUUUCCCCAGAAAGUGCCUAGCUUAGAUGUUGUAGUGUGCCUGAGUCCACCACCACUCUUGGACUAUGUCAUUCGAGACUUAUCAGAUGAGCGUCUUAUCCAGCCAACGACCCAAGGCCCUACUGAGACAGACUCUGUGACCCCGACAGAAAAGAGGAGAAGACCACACACACACCCACCACGGAAAAGCACACCCCUUCCCGCCACCAAUUCCACAACAAAGCCAGACCAGGAAGGGGACACUAACAGUGGACAAGGCGGUAGUUCGAGCCAGUUACAGGACACCGAUUGGAUCAUCAUCGCAGUGGUCUGCACGACUGUCCUCGUAGGUGCCAUUUUGGGUGUGGCCUGCUGGAAGAAGAACAAGAAAGAUAGUAGAGACUUGCACCAGCGGCCAAAAAACUCAGUCAUCUAGCCCGUUUUACAAAAGCCUUAAAUCAGAAAUGCUUGACACUGCUCCAGGAGAUCUUUCCUUUUUGUUUGUUACCUAUUAAACAGAAGGCCUGCUGCUUAGUCUCCCGACUGUAUGUUUUCUCAGGGCUGAAAUCUAAAGUCAGUUCUUACACCUGCUAGGAUGAAGACUCUCUUGCACAAAGACUUUGCUUAGGUUUUCUUUUAGUCAGAAUCUCCUAAGCGCUGCUUUAAGCUCUAACAUUGAUUUGUUGUUGUCUUUGUAAUAUGAUUUCAAUGAUUUGAAAUGCUCUGUACAUAUUUUGAUUGAGAAUGUGUGGGUUUUACUGCCUCAAAUUGAGUAAUUACACUUUUAAUACCAGCAGUUUAAAUUUGAUUUUAAUAAAUGCAUCUAUAUUAAUUUGCAAACUGCUGUGGAAAUGAAUACAUGCUUUACUGUAAUGAAGUAACACCUGGCUUCAAGGUGUCAAAAUUGUCUUACUGUCUUGCUGUAAUAUACUAUAUGUAUAUUAUAGCGUUUCUAACAUAUCAUGUUCACUACUUCAGUACUUUGCAUGACCAAUAAAUCUUUACACUCUGGAAUAUGUGGGCUGUAGCUUGCAACUCUAAAUUAAGAUCACAGUCUCUGGCAGCAAAUGUCAAGCAUGCCAUAUCAAAUUCUGUCAUGUCAAAGUCCACACCAUAGGAAAUGAGUUAUUCCAGCACAAACUAUGGCAGUGCCACUGUGAAAGAGGCGCAAUGGAUGAAACAGUUACCUUUAUUGUCAUUGCUGUGGCUUUAUACAUUUACAGUCAUUCUACAGUUGCUUUUAUUUUUAGUAAGGUAUAUAUUUAUCAGUAUGUGUGCUACCUACUCCCUACAAAAUCACUCAUGGCCUACUGUUGAUGCAACAGGCUUUAUCAGUUGAGUCGAGUUUUUCCCUGGAAAUGUUGUGCCAGUAGACUAUUGUGAUUUUAGAUACUUUAGCUCUCUAACCUUGUUGAGCUACAGUAUAUUACAUAUGGAGACAACUAUAGGACAACACAAUCUGCGGAUGGGAAUGUUUAGUGUGUAAACCAUUUCAAUGUGGAUGGGAAUGUUUAGUGUGUAAACCAAUUCAAUGCCUCUUAGUGCUAAAAAUGUAAACAUUUUAAGAUUUACAUAUCAUAUUUUAUCCGUUAAAAAUGUUAUGAAACAAAUAAAAACUCACUAUUUCACAUCAGUUUUACUACCAAGUGACACAUACAGGAUCCAGUCUUGCUUCAUUUCAACCAAUAAUUUGCCAAAUGAUUAGCAAAUUACUCAACCAUAUCAAUCGUAUAAAAUGUUGCUGUACUAUGUAAGGUGUGAUGAAAGGCAUAAUGCAGAUCUCAUGUAGCUGUAUAAAGUGAGAGUACUGAAGUAGUCGAAGCACGAUGACACAGUUAAAAAUAGAGUUGUAGUUCCUUGCAAAAAAAAGGCCACAAUCUGAUUAAAAUGUUACAACAUGA